AUGGCAUCUAAGUCUCACUACACAAUUCUCAUUGUUCUUUCUUCGUUGUUUAUUGGAUUCACAACACUUACUGUGGGACUACAAGAACAACUUGAUGAUCAAGCAACAACAUUCCUUCCUGCACUCACCUCUUUGUUGGAUUAUGAAGAUCAGGUACUUGACACUGACACUGAUGGAAAAACAAAACCUCCAAAAAUUCAACUCCCUCGUCCACGUUCCCCACCAUCUCCAAAAACUAGUCCACCCUCUCCAAAAACUAGUCCAAAAACUAGUCCACGUUCUCCACCCCCUCCAAAAACUAGUCCCAAAACUAGUCCACCCACUCCGAAAACUAGUCCACGUUCCCCACCCCCUUCAAAAACUAGUCCACGUUCCCCACCCCCUCCGAAAACUAGUCCACGUUCUCCACCCCCUCCAUAA